CUCCAAGGUGCAACUGAGCCAGCUGCGAGCCCCUCUGCUUUGCUCACUGUGGGCUGGUGGCACCCCCCCUCCACCUCUGCUGCUUUGCCUGCUCCCGUCAAGUGCCUCUGCUGCUGCCGCCACCUAAAUGCCGAAGCCGCCCACAACACCGCUGCCGCCUGAGUACUGAAGCCCCCCGGGGACUGCUGCUCUGGGACCCAUACGCUGGACCCCCGUGCCGGACUCCUCCCCCCUCGCUGCCCACUUCAGCUGCACGGAGCCCGAAACCCCAGUGGAGAUGAAUGGCGCAGCACUGGUGCCAAGGAAGGUGGUUUAGAAGAAGGGGGAGAAAACCACCCAUAGUUUUGUUUCCCCUUUGUUCCUUGUUGGCCAUGUUGGUGGUGUUACCCCAUAGCUGGGAUGGGAUUGCCAGGGAAAGUCGUCCAUUUAUUAACAGUGCAGAAUUGAACAGAGGAAACACGUAUGAAGGAAAGAAUAUGGCUCUCUUUGAGGAAGAAAUGGAUAGUAAUCCCAUGGUGUCAUCUCUUCUGAAUAAACUAGCAAACUACACUAAUCUGACUCAAGGUGUGGUGGAACAUGAAGCAGAUGAAGACAGCAAGCGAAAGGAAGUCAAGGGUCCACGGAUGGGCACUUUUAUUGGUGUGUAUCUUCCCUGCUUGCAAAACAUCUUGGGAGUCAUCCUUUUCCUACGUUUAACAUGGAUUGUGGGAACAGCUGGAGUUCUUGAGUCUUUCAUCAUCGUGUUCAUGUGUUGUGCUUGUACUAUGUUAACCGCUAUUUCAAUGAGUGCGAUAGCAACAAAUGGUGUAGUCCCAGCUGGAGGCUCUUACUACAUGAUUUCAAGAUCUUUAGGGCCAGAGUUUGGUGGAGCAGUGGGACUUUGUUUCUAUUUGGGCACAACCUUUGCAGGAGCAAUGUACAUUCUUGGUACCAUCGAAAUUUUAUUGACCUACAUUUCUCCAAGUGCUGCUAUAUUUAAAGCAGAAGAGGUUGGUGAAGAAACAGAGGCUAUGCUAAACAACAUGAGAGUUUAUGGAACAUGUAUUAUCAUUCUUAUGGCCGUAGUAGUUUUUGUGGGAGUAAAGUAUGUCAACAAACUUGCUCUGGUCUUUCUUGCCUGUGUGAUUCUUUCCAUCAUUGCCAUAUAUGCUGGAGUUAUUAAGACUGCUUUUGACCCACCCGACUUUCCGAUCUGUCUCCUUGGAAACCGUACAUUAUCAAAACGCAGCUUUGAUGUCUGUGCCAAAUUUACUGAAAGCAAUAAUGAAACAAAGACUACACCUUUGUGGCGCCUCUUCUGUGAUAGCUCAUUGCUUAAUGCUACAUGUGAUGACUACUUUCGUCUCAAUAAUGUAACAGAAAUUCAAGGGAUUCCAGGAAUAAUGAGUGGAGUUCUAACUGAUAAUCUCUGGAGUACCUAUUCAGAAAAAGGAUCAAUAGUUGAGAAAAAAGAUCAACCAUCCAUUGCCGGAUCAGAAGAGACAAAAAUGGGUGGACUCCCUUAUGUUUUUACAGACAUCAUGACCUACUUCACAAUGCUAGUCGGGAUUUAUUUCCCAUCUGUGACAGGUAUUAUGGCAGGUUCAAACAGAUCUGGAGACCUAAAGGAUGCUCAGAAAUCUAUUCCUACUGGAACAAUUUUGGCUAUUUCAACUACAUCUUUUAUUUAUCUCUCCUGUAUAGUGUUGUUUGGUGCCUGUAUAGAAGGUGUGAUAUUAAGAGAUAAGUUUGGAGAAGCAGUUAAUGGAAAUCUAGUGGUUGGUACACUGGCCUGGCCUUCUCCAUGGGUUAUUGUGAUUGGUUCGUUCUUUUCAACGUGUGGUGCUGGUCUCCAGAGUCUCACUGGUGCACCCCGUCUAUUGCAGGCCAUUGCAAGAGAUGGCAUUGUACCGUUUAUUCAAAUAUUUGGUCAUGGAAAAGCAAAUGGAGAACCAACUUGGGCUCUGCUCCUCACUGCUGGUAUUUGUGAAAUAGGAAUUUUGAUAGCUUCAUUGGACAGUGUAGCACCAAUUCUUUCAAUGUUUUUCCUUAUGUGCUAUAUGUUUGUGAAUCUGGCUUGUGCAGUUCAAACACUUUUACGAACUCCUAACUGGAGACCUCGUUUCAAGUAUUACCACUGGACUCUUUCAUUCCUGGGGAUGAGUUUAUGUCUUGCCUUGAUGUUCAUUUGCUCUUGGUACUAUGCUUUGAUUGCCAUGCUAAUCGCAGGAUGUAUAUACAAAUACAUAGAAUAUAGAGGAGCGGAAAAAGAAUGGGGCGAUGGAAUCCGAGGACUGUCUCUGAAUGCAGCUCGCUAUGCUUUGCUUCGUGUGGAAGACGGUCCUCCUCACACCAAGAACUGGAGACCUCAACUUUUGGUCUUGUUAAACUUGGAUAAUGAGCAGUUAGUGAAACACCCUAGAUUGCUUUCUUUCACCUCUCAGUUGAAGGCUGGUAAAGGACUGACUAUCGUGGGCUCUGUUCUUCAGGGAAUCUACUUAGAUAAAUGUACAGAAACUCAGAAAGCUGAAGAGAAUGUUAAGGCCUUAAUGGGAGUAGAAAAGACUAAAGGAUUUUGCCAGAUUGUGGUGUCUCCUAACUUCAGAGAUGGAAUAUCCUAUUUGAUUCAGUCAGCUGGUCUAGGAGGGAUGAAGCACAACACAGUCCUAAUGGCAUGGCCACAGUCAUGGAAGCAGACAGAAAAUCGUUUCUCAUGGAAAAAUUUUGUUGAUACUGUACGAGAAACAACAGCAGCUCAGCAAGCACUUUUGGUGGCUAAAAACAUUGACUUAUUUCCAACAAAUCAAGAACGUUUUACUGAAGGAAACAUAGAUGUAUGGUGGAUUGUUCAUGAUGGUGGUAUGCUGAUGUUACUGCCUUUUCUCCUUCGACAGCACAAGGUUUGGAGAAAAUGUAAAAUGCGUAUCUUCACUGUCGCUCAAAUGGAUGAUAAUAGCAUUCAAAUGAAGAAGGAUCUUCAGAUGUUCUUAUAUCAUCUUAGACUGAAUGCUCAAGUGGAAGUUGUUGAAAUGUUUGAAAAUGAUAUUUCUGCAUUCACAUAUGAGAAGACACUUAUGAUGGAACAGCGAUCUCAGAUGCUAAAACAGAUGCAGCUGUCAAAGAACGAAAGGGAAAGGGAGACCUUUUUUUUGUCACUGGUAACCUUUUUGUCCCAGAUUCAGAGCAUCACUGAUGAGUCUCGAGGCUCAAUCAGAAGAAAAAGCUACUCCAGUUCACUGUCUAUUGUGCAAGACGCCCAGGCACUGCUGACUAAUGAUUAUCAAGAGGAGGAGGCCCAACUGAUCCAUGAUAGAAAUACUGCCUCGCACUCUGCUCCAGCAGUUGAAGCAAGUGUGGCUGCUGCUGUGCCAGAAAAAGUGCAAAUGACCUGGACUAAAGAAAAGUUUGCAGCUGAAAAGCAUAAAACCAAAGAUUCAAAUGUGUCUGGCUUUAAAGAUGUUUUCAACAUGAAACCAAAUCAGUCAAAUGUGAGAAGAAUGCACACUGCUGUGAAGCUCAAUGGAGUAGUGCUCAAUAAAUCACAGCAUGCUCAGCUAGUUCUCCUGAAUAUGCCUGGACCUCCUAAAAACAGAAAAGGGGAUGAAAACUACAUGGAGUUUCUGGAAGUUCUGACAGAAGGUCUGGAUAGAGUUCUCCUAGUCCGAGGCAGUGGACGUGAAGUGAUCACCAUUUAUUCUUAAUCUGUUUGCACAUGUUGUUCAAACACAACACACACCCCAGAUGAGAAAACAAAGUUAUUUGCCAUAAUUUAAGCAGCUUCAUUAUGUGUUUUUGUGCAUUGAAAAUUAUCUGCAAGCUGAAUCUUCUGAUGAUGUAGGGAUUUUUUCCUAUUAAAGUGUUAUAUUGAAGUAGUAUUUUAAGCAGAUAGACUUAUGUAGAAAAUAUUUCUAUAGUGAAUUAAUAAAUGGUGGAUGGGUUAGGAUAUUUAUAUGUAGCAAAUUCUGGCACUUGUUAAACUCUGGUGAAACACGAGAAAAAUGGUAAUGUAAUGGUAUUUUUAAACAUAUAGAAAUGUAAGCAACUUUUGAUUAUUUUAAUCUUUGUCCUGUGUCUUAAUAAAGGGAAAAGUUUUAGGAAAAGUUGUCUUCUUUCCUUACCAAAAUGCUGCAGAGAUGUAUACAAUCACUCAAAUUUGUAUUUAUGUGCAUAAAGUAUUUCCCUAAAGUUCAUGAUUUGCUACACUUGUUAAAAAUAACAUUUCUGUAUUUAAAAUACUUAGUCAGGUACCUGAAACCUGCAGGAGAUAGUAAAUAAACAAGCUGAGUGGUUUUUUUUCCAUGAGCUACUAGUAGUUAUUGCAUGACUAUACCAAUGACACAUGUAAGCAUCCAAUUCAUAGGAAGGCUAUGAUGCAGAAACUCUACCUGGUUCCAGUUAUAAUUCUAGCAAUUUAUAAAUCACAGGAAGUUUAUGAUAUAUGUAUAUUUUGAAAAUGUUUUCUGUAUGUGCUGCUGUUUAAAAUAAAAUCUGCUUUUCUGAACUGAA